GCAUCCAAAAGCGGAAAGCUGCUGACAAAGGCCAAUGAAGAGGUUGCGCGCAUCACGGCAGAGCCGCGGGCGGAGCUGGAAGCGAAACUGAAGGAAGUGGAGGAGCAAGCCUCGACAGAGCUUUCCAAGACUCCAGCCGCCAAGGUGAAGCUCCCGGAUAUCAAUCCCCCCGACGUCCAGCUUCCAGAUGUUAAGCUUCCGGACGUCAAGCUUCCAGACGUCAAAGUUCCAGCGUUCAAGAUGCCGGACUUCAAGAUGCCAGACGUGAAGGUUCCGGAGGUCAAGAUGCCGGCCUUCAAGGUUCCGCAGAUGAAGCCACCACCGGCGAAGACACCAGAACCUGCCGAGGCUCUGUUGAACCCGUACAUUCUCCGUAAUCCGGAAGAGUGUGGGAACCCCAACCAAUCGAAAUGA